UAAAAGCUCCGGUCACCGUCAAUCCCGCUACUUUCACGGCACAACAGGAGCGCUGAAAUCACUCUUCUUCUUCUCCCUCUUUUUUUGGGUUUUUCCUUGGCCCGUCAGCAAAAGAAAGGAAUACCCAACACGUCCCCGCAUGUUUUUUUCCGCAUGCAAACCCGAAAACUUCGCCGAUCCCACGACUCGCCGGCGAUGCCUUCUCCGACAGCCCAGCCCGACCCCCAAGAACACCACCAUCACAAGCACCGCGGAGACGACGAGGAGAACCGUCUCUUGCCCUCCGAGCCCCUCCACUCACCUCCCUCUCCGUCGUCGCCGCCGUCGUCCGACGAUGACCGUGAGUGCGAGUUCGAACCCGAGUCCGCGUUCACGACCCGGGACAAGGUCCGGGUCUUCGACGUCGGCGCCGCCGUCCCCGCCGGGUCCGACGUCGCGCCACCCUUCUCGUGGAAGAAGCUCUGGCUCUUCACCGGCCCGGGUUUCCUGAUGAGCAUCGCGUUCUUGGACCCGGGGAACCUGGAGGGAGAUCUCCAGGCCGGCGCGAUCGCCGGGUACUCGCUGCUCUGGCUGCUGAUGUGGGCGACGGUGAUGGGGCUCUUGCUGCAGAUGCUGUCGGCCCGGGUCGGCGUCGUGACGGGCCGGCACCUGGCGGAGCUGUGCAGGGAGGAGUACCCGAAUUGGACGCGGCUGGUGCUGUGGGUCAUGGCCGAGGUCACCCUCGUCGCUGCGGAUAUUCAGGAGGUGAUUGGGAGCGCUAUCGGGAUCCAGGUGCUCAGCCGUGGGGUGUUGCCUCUCUGGGCCGGUGUCAUCAUCACUGCGUCAGAUUGUUUCAUGUUUUUAUUCCUUGAGAACUACGGAGUGAGGAAAUUAGAAGCUGUUUUUGCAGUUCUCAUAUCAACAAUGGCCUUAACCUUCGCCUGCAUGUUUGUGGAGACAAAACCCAGUGGAAAAGAGCUUUUAACUGGUCUUCUCCUUCCAAGACUUAGCUCAAAGACAAUUAGGCAAGCCGUGGGAGUGGUGGGUUGUGUUAUAACCCCUCACAAUGUGUUCUUGCACUCUGCCUUGGUGCAGUCGAGAAAUAUUGAUCACCAGAACAAAGGCCGGGUCCAGGAGGCACUGAAUUACUACUCCAUCGAGUCGUCGGCUGCCCUUUCAGUCAUGUUUGUCAUAAAUUUGCUUGUGACAUCUGUUUUUGCCAAGGGAUUCUAUGGUACGGAAAAAGCCAAGACCAUUGGGCUUGUGAAUGCUGGGCAUUAUCUUCAGGAGAAGUAUGGGGGAGGGUUCUUUCCGAUACUUUAUAUAUGGGGUAUCGGUUUGCUAGCAGCUGGACAGAGUAGUACGAUAACUGGCACCUAUGCUGGGCAGUUCAUCAUGGAAGGUUUUCUCAACCUGCGUCUUAAGAAAUGGCUUCGAGCAACUAUCUCGAGGAGCCUUGCCAUCGUGCCCACAAUAAUUGUGGCUAUUGUCUUCAACACGUCUGAAGCUUCCCUGGACAUUUUAAAUGAAUGGCUUAAUGUGCUUCAGUGUAUACAAAUUCCUUUUGCGCUGAUACCUCUUCUCACUAUGGUAUCCCAGGAGCAUCUAAUGGGUUCCUUCAAAAUUGGUCCACUGCUUGAGAGGGUGGCCUGGACUGUGGCUGCAAUUUUGAUAAUGAUCAACGGCUAUCUGUUGGUGGAUUUUAUAACUUCUGAAGUGAAGGGGCUGUUCAUCGGUUUCAUGGUUUGCAUCAGCACGGCAGCCUAUAUAUCCUUCAUCAUAUAUCUCCUCUUGUUUGGUCGCAUAAUUUCUUCUGCUUGGCUCAGCACAAAUUUUUCUCGCAUCGGACUUUGAAUCUACAGAAGUUUCCACUCGCAAGAACCAUCAGAGAAAAAUUGUGCCCGUAGACCUUGAUUGGAAUGUCACUUGAAUAUGGUCAAUGCAAUUUGUUCAUAUUAGGAGCGGCAAUCUCUAACUUUUUGUGAGGAGCCAAGAGGGAAACGAACCAAAGUAACCUAAAGAACUGCGUACCCAGCUGUUGAGAAGCAUAGUGAACUCGCUCCAAUCAAGGUUCCCGCACCUCAUAUGGUAUAUUGCUUUUAUUCCUUUAUUCCCACCUUUUCUCUUUAGAAAGCAAUACGUAGCAAAUGGGACAGAACAUAUAUUUGGAAGUCUUCUGGCUGAGAGAAAUUGAAGAAACACAAUAAGAUUGUCUAUCAGAGUAUAUAGAAGAGUAGAGAGGAUGAUGAAAGAGGUCCACCCAACCAAUGCGAUUGGAAUACUGGGAAUUUAUUUUGUUAAGCCCAGGGUUGCUAAGAAUAUGAAGUCA